GAAGCGCAAUAUCGCACGCAACAACUCAUUUUUUUCAUUCCGUACAAUCCACACUGAAAACCACCAUCAACUUGCGCGGCCUCCACAUCACUGUAACAAUAACUCAAUCUUCAAUAUUAUCUGAAUCUGGCCGUCGCAGGGCCUAGUAACCGGCAAGACCCCUUGCUAUAUCCCCGUGGUCCAGAAAUACGACCACGAUUGAAAAUGGGCGUCUUCAACCCCAGGAUCGUGGACGCCAGUAUUCGCGAUGUAACUUCUUGUCUCUCAGAUGGCCAGAAAGUCGAAGUUCUGCUCUAUGCUCUGCAGCAUCUACCAGCUGAAAGUUCUAGAACGGUCAUUGAGAACGCUGUACAGUCUUGUCUACAAAUUCGCAAUCUACCGUCUGGAUGUAUAGCUAAGGCACGGAUCUUGCGCGCCAAAGCAAGACUCGCUGCUGGCUCUCUUAGCUCCGCUCAGCAGGAUUUGCGUGCCACGCUAGUCAUCGAGCCAGAAAAUCAGGAAGUAGGCUCCCUCAUCAAAGCUCAAAAUCUCACCUCAGAGAUGCUGCGAGAACCCGGUGAUACUCCCAAGUUUUCAACUGAAAUAUGGCGGGAAAUUGCCCUCUGUUUGCCUCGGCGUGACCUCAAGUCACUUCUAUGGGUCCCUCAUGCACUGUCCCGUAUAGCCAGUCAACUCCUUUUCCGUGAGAUCGAUCUGUACUUGACCAGCAGCUCAGAUUUUGCAAGAGAAGACAGUUAUCUCCGGGUCUGUCUGUCGCAUGCUGGGAGUUCUGAUAAGGACCUGGAUAAUUGGCAUUGCCAACGCAGUGCAGACAUUUUAACUCGCAUCCUAGUGGACCCUUCGUUUGCAUCGUUAGUGAAAACAUUGAGGAUCUUCGCAGCCACCAGGGACGGAGCACAUCCGCUGACGUUCGAGACGGGGAUGUUGACCAACGCCUUGCCCAAGAUGAUGAAUCUCAGAAAUUUCAAAUGUUCUGGGAGCAGGCUGAUUCUCAAUAAGAUACUUGAAAUCUUGCACUCAUCCAGCUCCCGCCUACGAAUGCUAUCCUUGACGGCAACUGAUGUGGCUGGAGACAUAGACAUACCUAAAUUCAGACAUAUCACCCAUUUUUCUUAUACAACGGAAGGAGGGAACUGUGUAGCUGCUCAUGAAUUUCUCUCACAGAGCCGCGACACCCUUCGAGCAUUUGCAAUCAGCAAUUUACAUUGGAGGUUCCCCACCGAAGCCAUCUCAGUUCGCAAUCUGACACAGAUCGACUUUCAUGGUGUUUUCCCAGCAGAUACACAUCCAUUUUCGGAAAUACUGUCCAGUGGCCAUCAGCUUGAAUCCCUGUCGCUGUCCGGUCUCUUUGAGUGUGCGCCGUCAUCAUCUUUCCGGCUCUUCCGUUCCUCCCUCCCUUUCUUGAGGCACUUUGCAAUCAACAUCUCGGGGCUACAUCGACACGUGACCGACCGAGACCUUAUCCCUGCCAUAUCAGAAUUUCUGCGCGACAGGACACAACUACAGACGUUUGAGCUGGUUGUCCCAAGAUCAGACUUGCUAUAUCGUCGUAUUGGUUUCGAUGCUUCGGCUUGGGGCGUUCUUCCAUCUCUUACGGGCCUUCGCAGUCUGUUCAUCACCUACCCAAAAGAUUUAUCACCAGCCCUUGCAGCUUGGCUUAUUCCACGAAGCGUCCGAGCGUUGACUUUGGAUUUCAUCUCAUCCUUUGUCGAGGAUCCUGUUCCCUUUCUGAACCAUCUUCGGCCAGGGGUCCCACCUCUUUUAAAAUAUGUCGCCAUGACGGACUUUCCGUUACCGACAGUAUUCAGUGUCGUCGAGCACGGCUUUCCUAAUGUACGCGUGGUACGGGUGGGAGGGAACUUUUGGACUAUGGAAGCUUGGCCUGCCCGCCGAGCUCAGUUCCAUGCAACCGAAUGGCUGGAGUCGCUUGAUUGCGAAGAUGCGGUCUGGCAUGGCGUUAGCUCAAAAAUCUGAAGCGCAGGACGCAUCAGUGUACAAUAUAUAUCAAA